AUGAUGAAUAACCAAGCAGCCAAGAAGGAAGAAAAGAAAAAGACUGCAGCUGUUAUUUUGAGCGGAUGUGGAUUUAUGGAUGGAAGUGAUGUUGUUGAAUCUGUUAGUGUUAUUGUUGAAUUGACAAGAAAAGGAAUUGUUCCAAGAUUCUUCUCACCACACGAAGAAAUUGAUGAAUCAUACAAUUAUAUUACAAAACAAAUUGAUUCAAGCGAAGAAAGAUAUAUGCAUAAGGAAAGUGCUCGUAUUGCACGUGAAAAGAUUUUGAGCAUUGACCAACUUCGUGCUGAUCAAUUUGACAUGUUAGUUAUUCCAGGUGGUAAUGGAGUUGUUCGUAAUUUGUCUAAUUUUGAACAAGAAGAAUAUAAUGUUAAUGAAGUUGAAGUUAAUUCACAUGUUGAAAAGGCCAUUGUUGACUUUUUCAAACAAAAGAAACCAAUUGGCUUUAUGUCAAACUCUGUUAUUUUAGGUGCUAAGGCUUUGGGUAAAGUUUCAGGAAAGACUGGAAAUGGUAUUGCUGUUGCUUUGGGUAAGACUUUGGAUCGAGUUUUUGUUGAAACUCUCAUGACAAAGUUUGGUAAUGAACUCUCUCAAGAAAGUGGUGAUGCUGAAGUUGUUUGUACUGAUUCUUCACAUCGUAUUGCUAGCGUUGCCAGUGUUUCUGCUGCUGGUACUGUUCAACCAAAUGAAAUUCAUGCUGCUGCUAAGAAUUUAAUUGAAGAAUUGAUUGAUUUGACCAAGAGGGAAGAAUAA